UCUCGCCCUACGUCACAGUGAAGUAUGUGCUCUCGGAUGUAGAAAAUGGCUGCGCUCUUUGCUACCCCAGGUCGGUGCGGAUGUAAAUACGGCCUGUGGAUCAGCUUAGGAGUGUUUAUCGCGAAAUUUAUUUAUGAUAAACAAGGAUAGAAGAAAAACGUGAUCGCACUUGGAAACUAUUGUAAACAUUGGGAAUUACUUGCUAUUGUGAAGGACAUUGUCCAGAUGAUCGACAAAAUGGAACUUGCGAAGGGAGACCUGGUGGUCAUUGUUUUAGCGCGGUAGAAGAAGUUUGGGAUGCAGAAUCAGGAGAAUUUGUGCCAGAAUGGUCAUUUGGCUGUUUACCACCAGACGAGCAAGGUUUCAUGCAAUGCAAAGGAUACCUUGUGCCACAUUUACAAGGAAAAAAUAUAAUAUGUUGUAACAAGAGUGCAUUAUGUAACAAAGAUUUAUAUCCUGAUUAUAAACCUAGAACUACAACAGUACCUAAUCCUAUGGCUAUAGCAUCGGGUGCGCCACUUAUAAUAUUAACUACCAUUUUGUCUAUAUGCUUAAUGGUAAUUUCAAUAGCUAUGGUGAUCAUAUAUCAUAGAUACAGAAGAAAAGAAAGAGGACCUUGCUUAGUGCCUUCUCAAGGAACACUUAAAGACUUUAUUGAUCAGAGUAGUGGUUCUGGAUCAGGAUUACCUCUCUUAGUACAGCGAACUAUAGCUAAACAAUUAGCUUUAUCUCAAUGUGUUGGGAAGGGACGAUAUGGUGAAGUAUGGCUUGCAAGAUGGAGAGGGGAAAAAGUGGCAGUGAAAGUAUUUUUUACAUUAGAAGAAGCAUCUUGGUUUAGAGAAACUGAAAUUUAUCAGACAGUUUUAAUGAGACACGAUAAUAUCUUGGGUUUCAUCGCGGCUGAUAUCAAAGGCACAGGAUCUUGGACACAAAUGUUACUAAUUACAGAUUAUCAUGAAAGAGGCUCAUUAUAUGAUUAUCUACAAACUACUGUUCUAGAUUAUCCUAGCCUUUUAGCAAUAUGUCUUUCAAUUGCUUCUGGUAUUGCUCAUCUUCAUACAGAGAUUUUUGGUACACGGGGGAAACCUGCUAUAGCUCAUAGAGAUAUUAAAAGUAGAAAUAUUUUAGUAAAAAAGAAUGGUGAAUGCGCAAUUGCAGACUUUGGUUUAGCAGUUAGAUAUAUUAGUGAAAGCGGAGAAAUUGAUAUUGCACCCAAUACACGAGUGGGUACACGCCGAUACAUGGCUCCAGAAGUUUUAGAUGAAACUUUAAACACAUCUUCUUUUGACGCUUUCAAGAUGGCAGAUAUGUAUUCUGUUGGUCUUGUACUUUGGGAAACUUGUAGAAGAUGCAUUACAGGUGGCAAAAAUUCUAUGGUCGAACCAUAUGCUUUACCGUAUCAAGAUGUUGUUCCAAGUGAUCCAGAUUUUGAAGAUAUGCGGUUAGCAGUUUGUGUAAAACGAUUACGUCCAAUAAUACCAGCACGAUGGGAAAAUGAUUCAAUUCUAUUUGCGCUGAGUAAGCUUAUAGCCGAAUGUUGGCAUGCAAAUCCAGCCGUUCGUUUAACAGCGCUGCGCGUGAAAAAGACAAUAUCAAAAUUACAUAUUGACAAUGCUAUUAAAAUCGUAUAACAUUUGACGAUAUUCGUUGGAUGUAUUCUAUCUUAUCGCUAGUAGCUAAAAAAUAAUUUCUUCCCUUGUAAAUAACCCGGUGUAUAUAGAUUUAUUGACAGACUGCAAGCCUGAAGACUGAAUAAUAAAAUUUAAAAAUACGUAAAUACGUAUGUAUGUGCGAAUGUACUGUGAUCAAAUCAAUCAUGACUGGAAAAGAAAGAAAUUAUGAAUGAAUGUGUAUAUCUUUAUAUUGUUAUAAGUAAAUGCGACGAAACAUGAUGAUAAUGUUUUAACGUAUUUUAUUAUGUUAUUUUAAAAUUUGAGUAUGUAAUCAAUGAUGGCCACUACUUAGAAAGAAUAAUUUUUAUUUUCUUUCAGUCUAAAAAAAAUGAAAAUAUUCUAAUUUCUAAAUACAUAUAAACAUAAAAUGGAGAUAUUUAAAAUGAAAUUAAUCGUAAAAAUUUAUUUAAAAAAAAAACGCAAAAAUUAUUUUAA